AGCUCUGUCCACUGUCACACUCCCCCCAGUAUUAGUCUUCUCUUGCUGUAGGAGCUGGAGUCUUUCUAUUUACUUCAUCUGUUUCCAUCUUUUUGCCUCGCAUAACUCUCAGCCUCCAUGGCUCUUUUGUUUGUGCCAUUCCUUCUGCUUCUCAUGCUGCGUUGGAGCAACGCCCAGCCUUCUCCUGGUUACUACCCGAGCUACAGGUUCAGGCCUCUGCGAGGCUUCUACCGGGGGUUCAACAAUCUUUGGGGUCCCGAGCACCAAACGGUCUCGGGAGACCAGUCUUCGGUCACGAUUUGGCUCGACAGGAACUCAGGAAGUGGAUUCAAAUCUAUUCGCCCAUUUCGUAAUGGGUAUUUUGGCACAUCAAUCAAGCUUCAACCUGGCUACACUGCAGGAGUGAUCACAGCUUUUUAUCUUUCGAACAACCAAGCGCAUCCUGGAUUCCACGAUGAGGUGGACAUCGAGUUCCUGGGAACUACGCCCGGGAAGCCAUACACACUGCAGACAAAUGUGUACGUGAGAGGAAGCGGCGACGGCAGGAUCAUCGGCAGGGAGGUGAAGUUCCACCUCUGGUUUGAUCCUACUGCUGGGUUUCACAACUACGCCAUCCUGUGGAACCCAAACGAGAUCAUCUUCUUCGUCGACGACAUACCGAUACGGCGGUACCCGAGGAAGAACGCCGGCGCGACGUUCCCGCUGCGGCCGAUGUGGCUGUACGGGUCGAUCUGGGACGCGUCGUCGUGGGCCACCGAGGACGGCAAGUACAAGGCGGACUACCGGUACCAGCCGUUCGUGGCGCGGUUCACCCGGUUCGUCGUCCGCGGGUGCACGGCGUUCGCGCCGCUGCUUUGCCAACCGGUGCCCUCCUCGUGGCACGGCGACGGGCUCAGCCGCCGCCAGUACGCGGCCAUGCAGUGGGCGCAGCGGUACUACCUUGUCUACAACUACUGCAAGGAUCCCAAGCGGGACCAUUCGCUGACGCCCGAGUGCUGGAGCUGAAGGAGCCACAGAACCAUGAAAGCAUUUCUGCAAACACCUUUAUUCCUUGCUGCUAGAUGCCAUAAGAGGCUAAGUAUUCUACAAGACAGUGAUGUAAUAGUUUUUCCUGCCGCUACAUUCUACUAUAGUUAUGCUGAAGACAAUAAAAAGGGAAAAAAGGAGGGCAAAGGGCCAGAGAGAGAAGCAAAAGAGAAGGAGAAAAAGGCAAUGGGUUUGUAGUGCAGUAUAUAGUGUUAGAUUUGUCUUGCUCACUUGUCAUAUCUUCUGGAAUCAAUUACGUUGAGAGAGCA